AGCAAGCACCUUCCUCCCAACCUGACUGCUUCCUUAUCCAGUCAAGAAGACCACAAAGUUCAACAAUGGCCAUCACUGACAUCCUCUCAGCUAAAGAUAUUGAAUCUGCUCUCUCCAGCUGCCAGGCUGAUGAUUCCUUCAACUACAAGUCUUUCUUCUCCAUGGUUGGUUUAUCCACCAAAACUCCUGAUCAGAUAAAGAAAGUUUUUGGAAUCCUUGAUCAGGACAAGAGUGGUUUCAUUGAAGAAGAGGAGCUGCAGCUGUUCCUGAAGAAUUUCUCUUCAAAUGCCAGAGCUCUCACCUCAGCAGAGACCAAGGCUUUUCUGGCUGCAGGAGACACUGAUGGUGAUGGCAAAAUUGGAGUGGAAGAAUUCCAGUCUCUGGUGAAGGCAUAGAGAAUAUUAGACCAAAGGCAACCUUGGACUGACUCUGCCAAUUACCUCGUCCAGCAAGCACUUCGCACUCAGCAUGUGUUUGUACAUUUUUAUAUUGUUUCAGGCAUUAAUAGUUCCCCACACACGAAGCUGACACACCUGAUUGCUGAGAAAUCUUGCAAUCUUUGGUCACAAGACAUUGUUACAUUUCCAUUGUAAAGAAGGCGCUUUGUGAUUUUCCUCCACUGGUAAUGUUGAAAUUGUGGCUGGGAGAGGGGAGAAAACAACUAAAAAAUCAACUAAACAAAAAGACCCUUGGGGGCAAAAGCUGCUUUUAAAAGUUUUGUUUAGGUUCUCCAUCCCAUACUUGAGCACGCUGACUCGUCAGACACGGUUUUGAUGAUCUUAAACCAUAUGAUAUCUUCUCAGGCUUAAUUGUACUGAUUUAAUUGAGGUUUGUUUCUAAGUAAUUCUCUGAUACAUAAGAAAAAGCAAUGCUGAAGAGAUAGCUAAAAAUAAUUCAUAUUAAGUCCCAACCCUGUGAAUAUGAGAAAAAAAUUAAAACAUUUAAGAGGAGUUCACACAUAGCUCAAAAGACAGAAUAAGAUUGUGGGCAAUUAUACAAAAUAAAGCAGUAGAUUACAGC